AUGUUUAUACUUAAUAUUGAUGAUUAUCAUAAUAUUCAUAGAAGAAAUCAACCAACUCUAUUAAAAACACAUGACAUUAAUCAUUUUGUAACAAUUUUAUUAAACUCAAAUCCUAAUACUCCUAAAAUACCUUAUUACUCAUUAAACAAUAUUCCAAUUUAUAAUCCUAAAGGUGUUGAUUUUAAAUUAAUUAUAGAUUAUAUUAAUGUUAACUUUAUGAGUAAAUUAGGAAAAAGUUAUUAUCAACAAAAUGAAAUGUGGAAGCAGCAUUUAUCUGAUGAUUCUUAUGAAAAUAAAUUGGAAUUUCUUACUGUUCAUAAUUAUGAUGGACGUGUUCAAAAUCAACAGGAAUUAAGAUCAAUGAAAAAUAGUAAGUUGGUAGAUUUUAUUUUACAUCCUUUGCACAAUACAAAAGAUUAUAUUGAAUCUGCAAAUAUUUUAUUUAAGGUAUUUGAAAAAAUAGAACAAAAAGAUUAUUUUAAUAACUUUGUAAUACCUACAAUUUGUGAUUGGCCUGGUCAAGUCAAUCUAAGAAGAGCUAUUACAUUAAAACUUAAUAAAAAAGAAAAUUCUGGAAUUUCAUCUCAAAUACUAAUUAACAAGAUUUUAGCACAAAAACCAAAGCCAAGACUUAUUAAUCUUAUAUUAAAUUUAACUUAUUAUGGAUGGAAAAAUAUUCGUAAUUUAAUUGUUAACCGUUUUAAAAAUAUAAAAGAUAUUGAAUAUUUAAUGAUGAUAGAUUUAUUAGACAAUUCUUUACCACUUACUUUAGACAUAUAUAUUAAACUUUUCAGAUGUGGAUUUUUUGAAGGAUAUUUAGAAAGUAUUGUAAAAAUUUGGAUUUUAUUUCAAAGAUUACAUAGAUAUAAUUAUAAUAAAGCACCACUUAUAUUUUUAAGUGAUGUGUUUUAUUGGACAUUAAAUAAUCAUCCAAUACUAGAUAUUUUAAAAGAUAAUUUACCAAUUUUUAAUGAUUAUUUUGUUGAAAAUUUUCAUAGUUCUCUUAGAUAUCAAACAGCUGAAUCAAAUACUGAUAAACAAAUUAUACAAAAAGCAAAAACCAUUGAUAUUGAAAGAAAUGAUAAUAGAUUUAAAACCACUUUUGUUAAUACAAGAAAUGUUAAUAUUUCAAAGGUUAAAUUAAUAUCUUUAGAGAAAAAGGUUUCAUUAUUCUUAUUAUCUCUUUUUGACAAAAUUUAUCAUAAUAUUGGAAAAUCAAAUAAUAGUAACAAUAAUAUAUUUGAACUUCCAAGUUUUAAUAAUAGAAAUAUAGAUGUUAUGCUUCUUCCUUUAGCUUGGAGUACUUCAAAUUUACCUGAUAUUGAUAAAUUUUGUGAUGCAGAAAAUUGUUUAUUAUCAAAUUCAUCAUCAAACAUUAUUUUAAUAUGUGGCCAUAGUUAUCAUAAAGAAUGUCUAAAUCUACUUAAUGAAAAAUGCAAAUAUUGUUUUAAUUAUUUAUCAGAAAGUAUUAAAACAAAUAUUACUACUUUGAAUAAAAGAUUAUCUAAACCAUUAAAAGAUAAUGAAAUACCUGAAUUUUUAGAAGAAAAGGGUUUAGAUGAAGAUUAUGAUGAUGAAAAUAUUGAUAGUCUUUUAGAACAAAAAGAAUAUAAUAUAAAUAAUCAAUAUGAAAUUCAAUACAAUAUAUGGCAAAACUAUAAUAAUAUGUAA